GGUGAUUCUGCAUAUGGUAGUGAAAAUAGUCUUCGGAGACAUGGCUCGGCUGUAUCUGUUGGAUCCACGAGUCUUUCCAAUGCUAGUAUAUCUUCUUUCAAAAAAGCUCGUGGUUUAAGAGUAAAACUUGCUGAGAUGGAAACAUUCAAGGAUAUAUUGUGUCGUCAAGUGGAUACCUUACAAAGUUAUUUUGAUGUCUGUGCAGAAAUGUUGACUUCUGAUGAAAAUCAUAAAGAUAAUGAUGUUCAUAUGGAUGAUAUUGAUGAUGAUUAUGAUGAAAAUAUUGCCCUAGGAAGUGAUCAAAAGAAUAGUGAUUCACCUACACAUCGUUUUAAAGGUAAAAAUAAUUUGUUCCAUUUGAUUUGGAAAAUUUUAUUAUAAUUUAAAAAUUCAAUU